AUGGGCUCACUGGUGGUUGACAGCACAGCACUGCGCCUAGGAAUCAAAGCCGGCUAUGGAACGAUAUCGGCCGUCUCCAACACAUCUGCGCCGAAACGAGACCCAUUGCACAAUGGCUUUCGGCCCAGCGGACUGCGGGCAGACCCAGCAUGUGUGGGGUUACUCUCCGUUAAUGGGGCCGAGCCUACUUCGACGACAACAACAACUCUACCUUCGACUUUGAUACCCUUUUCUCGCGAUCAUGCAUUUGUCGAUAGGCCUGAUAUUCUCGAACAGAUUGACGAGCGCUGUUCCGGCCCUGGCGGCCGAGCAGUUCUCGUUGGCCAAAAUGGCAUCGGGAAGAAGGAGUCAGCAGAAGCGAGCAUCACGGGUGGCGGCUGGGUAUCAUGGAUACUCGCCGAUGAUGAGCCAGCAGACGCCGCGACGUGCGUUUUCUGGAUUCAAGCCAAUACGCUUGCGACCAUCACUGAGGGGUUUGUGGCCAUUGCCGAAGCUGUUGGAAUUCAGACCUACAACAAAUUCGGCUCUGAAAUCAUACAGACUGUUUGUCGGUGGCUCGGAAAUGAACGCCUGCCUGUGAGGUGGCUCUUGGUCUUCGACGGUGCUGACAACAGUCAUGUCUUCCUGAGCGAAAGGGUCGGAAACAGCAAUGCAACGCUGGAGAGUAUCCUGCCAACAAGCCCUCGCGGGUCGGUCCUGUUCACAACGUGUGACAGAAGCCUGGCUGUGAGAUUGGCAUCGCCGUCGCAUGCCCUCAUCGACGUCGGUCCAAUGAAGCUCCACCAAGCCAUCCUUUUGCUGGAAAAGAAGAUGAGCUCCUCCUAUGGUCGACUGGGAACCAAAGCAGACCUCGUGGAAGAGCUCGACUUGAUCCCACUCACGAUUACACAAGCAGCAUUUCAUAUCCGAUCCCAACGACACAUGACACCAGACACGUAUCUCCAAGCAUUACGAGAAGGCGAUGCCGAAAUCGUGAAGAUGAUAAGCUCGGCAGGCGACGACGGUAGGCGGGGCCUCUUGAAGCCUUGUUCUGCGCUAGAUACAUGGCUGGCCAAGUUUUUGCAAGUCCGGGCUACCUACCCGUCCGCGGCGGACCUGCUGUGUCUGCUGAGUUUUUACGAUGGCCAAGACGUACACGAGACCCUUGUCGACACACCCGUACACAUCGAGUCCUCGGAAGACAAAAAGCCAACAGACGAAGGCUCCAGCCGGGAUACUCAACUGUCCAUUCUGUACAACUAUUGUCUCAUUUCCCGCAGUCAAUGGGGCGGCAUCCAAAUUCCCCGCAUGGUCCAGCUGUCGGUAAAGACCUGGUUGAAAGAAAAUGGAGAGCUCAAUCUCGUCAAUUCACGUUUCGUUGCAAGACUUGAUGCGGCCUUCACGAGAUGCCUGCAGAGUACCGAUGAUGCCGAUGGACUCCAAGAUCGCUUGAUCCCGCAUGCAGAAAAGGCUGUCGUGCACCCUCCACAAGGUGAGGAAGCGCAGCUAACGUGGGCCUCCAUGCUGCACAAGAGCGCUCUCUAUCAAAUGAAGCAGGGCCGUUUCUACGGAGCGGAACAGCACGCUGCUCUCAGCAGCCAACAAUACAUCGUGUCGCGAGGCAUCUCGCAUGACGAGACACGGGCGGCGCUAGAGACCUUCCGCGAAACACUGAAGCACCUGCAACCACAACCGGGCCUUCUCCCGCUCGCGAUGGACGCGGCAACAAGCAUCCUCGGCGGCAGCACACGGAACGCAAGACCUGCAACAGUUUCACAGCACAGCCCCAUGGACAGGCUCACCGAAGCCGAAGCCCUUCUCUCUCAUACACUCAAUGUAUAUCAGCAGACCCUAGGCGAGGAAGACCAGAAAACGCUAGAAUGCGCGGAAGAGCUAGCUACAGCACACGCAAGACAGGGGAAGCUUCUCAAGGCCGAGCAGUCCUUCCUCCACGUCAUCGAGACCCGCAAACGAGUGCUCGGAGAAAAGCACGCGUCCAGCCUUAUCAGCAUGCGCCGCAUGGCCUCCGAGAUUCUCUGGUCUGCCGGCCACGAGUCUGAGGCACGUGAGAUGCUGACCCACGUCCUGCAGCUGCACGAGGAGGCGCUCGGUCCAGAGGACGACGACACGGCCACGUGCAUGUACGACCUCGCCGGCAUGCUCGGCGCGCACGGCCAGUAUGCGAGGUCCGAGGCGCUGCUGCGCCGGGUGGUCGCCGUGCGGGAGAAGACGCGAGGGGCCGACCACCUGUUGACCUUGACGAGCAUGUCGGAUCUCGCCGGGAUAUUCGGGAAACAGGCCAGGUGGGAAGAGGCCGAAGAAAUAUUGCCAGGAGUUAUCAAAGGGAAAGAAUCGCUGCUUGGGGGCGAACACGGGGACGCGGUUGUUGACAUGCAGGUCUUGGCCGAGGUGUACAUGGCCCAAAGCCGAUGGCAAGAGGCCGAGGCUCUCCUGGUCAAAGUGGUUGAUGGGCAGACAGAGAUGUUCGGGGCCAAUCACGAUGAUACGGUCGUCAGCGAGGAGAUGAUAUAUGAGGUGAGGCGCAAGUUGGGUAGCGCGGACGAGAGCGCAGACUGUCAGUCCGAUGUACGAGCUGGUUCAGGCGCCGAGCUCCACCAGAGCAGAUGGUUCGAGGAUGCAUAA